AUGAUCGAGGAGGGCAGUAAACGGGGCAAGGCCAUGGUGGAGAAGAGACAGCUCUUCAUGGAAAUGAGAGCUCAAAACUUCGAUGUAAUCAGACUGUCGACUUACAGGACGGCCUGCAAACUCCGGUUUGUGCAGAAGAGAUGCAACCUUCAUCUGGUGGACGUCUGGAACAUGAUCGAAGCCUUUCGUGACAACGGGCUCAACACGUUGGACCACAACGCUGAGAUCAACGUGUCGCGGCUGGAGACCAUCCUGUCUUCGAUCUACUACCAGCUCAACAAGCGUCUGCCCACCACCCACCAGAUCAAUGUGGAGCAGUCCAUCGGGCUGCUGCUCAACUUCAUGGUGGCCACCUACGACAGUGAAAGCCAUGGGAAGCUGACCGUUUUCUCUAUGAAAGCCAUGCUGUCAACAAUGUGUGGAGGGAAAAUUGUGGACAAACUACGCUAUAUUUUCUCACAGAUCUCCGACUCAAGUGGAGUCAUGAUGUUUGCAAAGUUUGAUCAGUUUCUCCGGGAGGUGCUGAAACUCCCCACAGCUGUGUUUGAGGGCCCUUCCUUCGGCUACACGGAGCAUUCGGUGCGGACGUGCUUCCCUCAGCAGAAGAAGAUUAUGCUGAACACGUUUUUGGAUGUGUUGAUGGCAGAUCCUCCCCCUCAAUGCCUCGUGUGGCUGCCCCUCAUGCACCGACUUGCCAAUGUUGAAAAUGUCUUCCAUCCGGUGGAAUGUUCAUAUUGCCGGAGCGAGAGCAUGAUGGGUUUCAGGUACCGGUGCCAGCAGUGCCAUGGCUACCAGCUCUGCCAGAGCUGCUUCUGGCGUGGCCAUGCCAAUGGUCCCCAUAGCAACCAGCACCAGAUGAAGGAGCACUCAUCUUGGAAGUCUCCGGCCAAAAAGCUGAGCCACGCAAUCAGUAAAUCUCUCGGCUGCGUCCCCAUCGGAGAGCCGCCACAUCCUGUGUUCCCCGAGCAGGCUGAGAGACCGCAGGAGCUCACCCACACUGUUCAGCCGAAACCAGCGGCCAACAACAUGAACGACACAAUGCUCAUGUCCUCUGGGACACCUACUCCUACCAAAAGUGUCUUGGAGAGUCCCAGUCGGCUAGAUGAAGAGCACCGCCUCAUCGCUCGCUACGCUGCACGCCUGGCAGCCGAGGCGGGCAACUCCACACAACAAUGUCCUCCAACAGAUCUGGGUUUCAACUUUGAUGCCAACAAGCAACAGAGACAGCUGAUUGCAGAGCUGGAGAACAAAAACAGGGAGAUCCUCCAGGAGAUCCAGCGGCUGCGUUUGGAGCACGAGCAGGCCUCUCAGCCGACCCCAGAAAAAGCUCAGCAAAACCCCACGCUGCUUACUGAACUGCGGCUCCUCAGACACAGGAAGGACGAGCUGGAGAGGCGCAUGUCGGCCCUGCAGGAGAGCAGACGGGAGCUGAUGGUGCAGCUGGAGGGACUCAUGAGGCUGCUAAAGGAUGAGGAGCAGAAGCAGGCUUCCCAGUCUGGAAGCUCCCCUCAUUCCUCCCCCAGUCACGGAGCGGGCUGCUCCAUGCCCAUGCCCAUACGCUCCACCUCGGCUGGGUCCACACCGACUCACACACCGCAGGACUGCCUGGCAGGGGUGGGAGGGGACGUGCUUGAGGCCUUCGCUCAGGGUGUACCUAGAAAUCUUCGGAAUGAUCUAUUAGUUGCUGCUGACUCAAUCACAAACACCAUGUCAUCACUGGUGAAAGAGCUCCACUCAGUUGAUGACGUGGGAGUGGAAGAAGAGACAAACAUGAGGAACGGUGGGGACAGAGGCACAUUGAGAGUACAGAAGCACUGAGGACAAGC